AUGGAUGUUCCAACACGAUGGAAUUCUACUUUCACUAUGUUGGAUGGAGCAAUUAAGUGUAAAAAGACGUUUGAAAGAUUAGAGGAGCAUGACCCUAGUUAUUUGCCAAAGGAUGAUAUUCCUACUGCUGAAGAUUGGGAUAAUGCAAAAGUAUUUGUAAAGUUCCUAAAGACUUUUUUAGAGAUAACAUUAAGUAUGCAAACAGAAUUCAACAAGUAUUGGGGUAUAACUACAAGUGAGCAGACCAAUUUAUUAUUGUAUGUUUUUGUAGUUCUUGACCCUAGGUCCAAGCUGACUUAUGUGAAUUAUUGUUUUAAUGAAUUUUUGGAGGAAGAUUGUGCAAAAAUAUUGAUGAAUAAGGUUGAAGAAGCAUUUCGUCAAUUGUGUGAUGAUUAUUAUAUGAGAAUGUCAAAAGAAAAAUAUUCACAAACACAAUCAUGUACACGUAUCGAAGGAUUUGGCUUUCAAAGUAAGGGUGAAAUACCUUCUAUCUCAUCUAGUGGAUCUUAUAAGGCACGUGCUGCUGCUCAUGAUAGAUUUAAACAAAGUAACAAAAUAUGUCUAGAUGAUGCUAAAACAGAGGUGGCUCGUUAUCUGGAUGAGGCUCGUAUAGAAGAUGAAUAUUUAGAUUUGCUAAAUUGGUGGAAGGUGAAUUCCUCUCGAUUUAAGAUCAUUAGCCAAGUAGCUAGGGACAUCUACAGUAUUCCUAUAUCAACUAUGCCUUCUGAGUCCGCCUUUAGAACUGGAGGAUGGGUGUUAGAUUCUUUUCGAAGUUCUUUAACUCCUCAAACUGCAGAGGCACUCAUUUUUGUGCUCAUAAUUGGAUUCAGUUUAAACCUUUGGAUGACAUGA